CAACCAGAUGCAGAAGAGAAAAACCGAGCCAGCGCAAGUUAAAACGGCUAUCGACAAUUUUGAAGAAUGUAUUGUCGAUGUGAGAAAUAAAAUUGAUGACAUAAAAAAUGAAGCCAAAAGUAUUUACACUGAACCCCAAGGCAACAAAAGGAGACGACGUAAUAAUAGCAGUCACGAUGACCGAGUUGCCGCAUUAGAAGUAUGCGACAAUAUAAUUUCAAUUCAAAGAUCAUUUGGAAGCCACAUUCCUUCUUUUCCCCGAACACUUUGGAGAAUACUGUGGUAAGUUUCCUGAUGACAAGUUGGAAACCACCUGCUUGGCUUAUCCCGAAUUAGAAAAAAGUCGUUUAAAGAUUGAGUUGUCGGGUAUUUAUGCACGGAAUGACUGCCAAGAUUUACAUGAUAC